GAAGACACAAACAUAAAUUGACACAACUUUUUUCCAAUCCUUUUAACUUUUAUAAUUAUUGCCAGAUUUUGGGUUCAAACACAAAAUCUUUUAGGCCGUGCAUCUAUUUUGUCUGUUAGUAGUGACGAUAGGACCUGUGAGACUCAUCAAACUCAUCAGAGUUGCAUUGAUUGUGGUAAGUUGUAACCCUAGGAAACUUCAUUUCGUUGAAGCUGCAGUAGGCCAGCACUAUAAAUACUGCUCUUUUUGUAGACCUAAUACUAUAUGAAAAAAAGCCCUAGGAUUCCAGUUCCGAUAUCCUUGAGAAAAACAACCCUUUCAUCCUCAGCAUCUUUCUCUAACCUGAAGCUCUCUCUUUAAAUAUCUCUCUAUACAUACAUAUAGAGACAUGUCUUCUCAUUCUUCUUCUUCAUCUUCCUUCAACCUGGAUGACAAAGCCAACACCAUGGAUUUGGUCCAGCAAUCUGAGCACCUUUGCUAUGUCCGCUGCAACUUUUGCAACACCGUUCUUGCGGUGGGAAUACCAUGCAAGAGGCUGUUAGAUACUGUGACUGUGAAAUGCGGGCAUUGCAGCAACUUAUCCUUUCUGAGCACCCGUCCUCCUCCUCCUCCGCCCCCGCCGGCGCUUCAACCUCCGUCUUUUGAUCAUCCACCAAGCAUUCAGAGCUUCUUCAGUGAAUUCAAGAAGGGUCAAACUUCAUCGUCUGCCUCAUCAUCAACAUCCUCUGAGCCACUGUCUCCAAAAGCACCCUUUGUUGUCAAACCCCCUGAGAAAAAGCACAGGCUUCCAUCUGCCUACAAUCGCUUCAUGAAGGAGGAAAUCCAACGCAUCAAAGCUGCCAAUCCAGAAAUUCCACAUCGGGAGGCCUUCAGCGCGGCGGCCAAGAACGUUUGUCCCUUUUCCGAUAAAUAUACUUUUUUUUUGGUUGAAAAUUUUCCAUUAUAUGUUAGAAAAACUUGAUUAAUAUUUUUAAAAUUUUAAAGAAGAUAUAAAUUAAUAUGUUAUGCAAUGACUGUAGUGGGCUAGGUAUAUUCCUCACAAUGGACCAGCAGGAUCGAUUCCUGAGAGCAGUAACACCAACAACGUGAGAAUUUCGUUAUAACUUUAAUAAUCAUUCAAGCCAAGUGUUUAAUUAAUUUGCCAUCUGAAUUAUGGUUGAGCUGAAUUAAUUUCUAAUCUAAUUUUUCAAUGUAGAUGUAGAUGCUGUGGAUGUGAAGCGAAGCCUCAAAAGCCGUGCAUGCUUAUGAAUUGUGUAAUGGAAGCCAAUGGAGUCGUUUAUGUUGUCUAGUUGUGUAAUCUUAAUUUUCUAAUCGUGUUGUUCUAAUGUUUCUGUAGUGAAGUUUAAUUAUCGAUUUAGUAAUGAACUCGUGAACUUAUUAUUAUCUCUAUGUAAUAUAUAUAUGCUUGGAUUCCUAGGAUUGCAUCUCGUGUUUCUACAAACAAGUGAUUCGAUUCGUACAAUUUAGUAUGAGAUUCAUAUUCCGAAUCCUCAUUACUUAUGGAAUCCAAAACACCUAGGUUUCACUUUUUGUAAUUUUCUACUUCUUGUUGCAGAGUCUUAUAAAUUGAAUUAAUUAAAUUCAC